AUGGAUCCUUAUGACUAUGGACGACCUCCUCCUCCUCCUCAAUCGCAUUACAUUCCUGCAACUGGCAUGCGUCCUAUGGUUCCACGACCUUCGCCACCACCACCACCAUCACUAGCCUCAACAGCAGCACAUAGUUACGACCGUUCCUUCAUGGUGGCAGCAUCAUACGACCACCUUGUGCGUGUAUUACAGGAUAUGGAUUAUGAAGGGAAUCCAGGCGAACAGUUUCAAAGCAUAUUGAACGCACUCAUGGCGGAAUGCUCACGUGCCAACAUCGAAGCUGGCAAGACCUGGAUAUUUGAUCAUUGUCGUCAACCUAUACACAUGGAGGCCAUUUCAGAUUAUUGUGUGGCGUUAUCGUAUUCAAAGGACAGCUUUUUCGAACGAUUGCAUUUGGUGUACCUGAUGAAUGAUGUCUUGUAUCACAGUGAACGUCGGCAGGCUGCAUGGAUGAAGGAUGCGAUGAUUCCACGGUUAGCGAACUUGCUAGGACAUGCUUAUCAUGCACCGGGUGCCACUGAGGAUAUGAGAGCAAAAGUAAACAAGGUGCUUGCGAUUUGGGAGGAUAAGCGAUUUCUCGAUGCAGGUGUUGUCAACCAUAUCCGGAAAGCUGUUCAAUUUGGACCACCUCCACCUCCAUUGCCACCACCAUCAUCAUCUCAAUCAAUGCAAAGUGUUCCUCCCAUGAGGCCAUCUUCAUUUGUUGGUGGUGCUCCACAUCCACAUCCAACAGCAACAGCAACGAUGGGUUAUCAAGGAUAUCCUCCUCAUCCAUUCCCAGGCUAUGGUGUUCCACCCCCGUUUUAUGCAGGAAGACCUAUGCAACCAAGGCCUCCAUUACCGACACAAGGUCCUUCCCCAUCGUCGACUCCCCAACCCUAUCCAGCACACAUGGCUGCUCGUCAACAACCACCACCACCACCGCCAAAUACAGCUCAUAUCAAAUCGUCACCAUCUUCAACAACUCACAAAGGAGAAGCGAUGCCAUCAAUUCCUAAUAAACCAUAUCAUGAGCUACCGGCGGGUCUGAUGGUGGAUGCUCUUAAGUUGGAUGCUGCACCCUAUUGUCCUUUGGAGCCAUCAGACAUUCGACCCAUUUCGAACGCAUCAGCAACAAGCAAAGAUUUAUCAAAGGCAGUGGAGCAGUUUUAUGAAGGAUUGGAUCUCAAGGAUAGCACUGGCAAUUUUGAAGAAGGCGUCGAAAGCAAGCUUGAUCGUAGUGGAUGGGAGCCUGGUUAUCUGGACGCGUUUUAUGAGCAACGUGAGAAGCUACAACAUGAUCAGCGUUACAAGAAACGGCGGAAUUCCUCUGAAGGAAGAAGCAGAAGACGUUCAAGAUCCCGUGAUCAUCAUCAUCGUCAUAGUCGUAGCCCAAGUCGAGGUGGUGACUAUUAUCGACGUAGAAAAAGGUCAUAUUCACGAUCAAGAAGUCGAUCUUAUUCGUCACGAUCACGAUCCAGGUCUAGGUCACGAUCAUGGUCACCACCACCAUCUCACCGUCGUCCUCGAUCACGUUCACCUUCACCCUAUCGUGGUAGAUCUCGAUCCAGAUUUGGAGGCUAUGGAUCUCCGCAGCAACAACGACCACCACCAUCAUCCUCAUCAUCUUCUAAGAAUGACGAUCGACAUCAAGCAGCUUUUGGCCAAACGCCAAACGAUCCAUAUGAUGCAUAUCGCCGAUCCAAUAGCUACAACUACAACCGCGAUCAUCGAUCAACGGCUGUUUGCUUCAACUGUUCCAAGCCUGGUCAUUUAGCACGUGAUUGCCCAGAACGAGGAGGUCGAUAUCACCACGGAUGA